GAGGCUGUUGCUGACCAAUAGCUGAUGCGGCCCGCCGACGUCACGUGACCGGAGCGGGAGGCUGGACUUCUUGCGGCGGCUGUGGAUGGUCCGCCCUGCGGGUUGCGGAAGCGGUGACCCGGCCAGGCUAGUCCGAGAGCUGGGAGGGUCGUUACGGCGGAUGUAGGGCGAGGACAGCGCCCGCCUGCACUGGAUAAGGCAGUGGGAUCUGCAAAGUGUUCAUCAUGUACUCGGAGUGGCGGACGCUGCACCUCGUUAUCAAGAAUGACCAGGGACACACCAGCGUGCUGCACAGCUACCCUGAAAAUGUGGGCCGCGAAGUCGCAAAUUCCGUGGUCCGUCCGUUGGGACAGGCUCUCAAUGCUCCUUCCACUGCUGCAAGCGAGAGCAUACUGAAAAGUGAUAAAGAGGUAAAGUGGACCAUGGAGGUCAUUUGUUAUGGGCUGACGUUACCACUGGAGGGAGACACAGUGAAAUACUGUGUGGAUGUGUACACUGAUUGGAUGAUGGCCCUGGUGGCUUCAAAGGAUUCCAUUCCUCAACCGGUUAUCCGAGAGCCUAAUAUGUACAUCCAGAUCAUCCUUAAACACCUUCAGAAUGUCUUUGUGCCCAGGCCGGAGCUGAUAGCAAAUCAAAUUCGCCUUUGUCAUCAGGUGUUGCGUGCUGUUCAGAAGCUGGCAAAGGAUUCUACCAACAUAGCUCGUGAGACUUGGGAAGUUCUGCUACUAUUUCUUCUGCAGAUAAAUGACACCCUGCUGGCUGCUCCAACGGUCACAGGAGGCAUAGCAGAGAACUUGGCUGACAAAUUAAUUGGGGUUCUGUUUGAAGUCUGGUUCCUGGCAUGUACACGCUGCUUCCCAACACCACCCUACUGGAAGACAGCCAAAGAAAUGGUGGCUAAUUGGAGACACCACCCUGCUGUGGUCGAGCAGUGGAGUAAAGCAAUUUGUGCAUUAACAUCUAGGUUGCUGCGAUUCACCUACGGGCCUUCAUUUCCUCCAUUUAAAGUUCCUGAAGAUGAUGCCAGUUUGAUUCCUUCUGAGAUGGAUAAUGAAUGUGUAACACAAACCUGGUUUCGGUUUCUUCACAUGCUCAGUAACCCUGUGGAUUUGAGCAACCCAAGCAUUAUUGGUACAACUCCCAAAUUUCAGGAGCAGUUCCUGAAUGUCAGCGGAAUGCCUCAGGAGCUGAACCAUUACUCCUGUCUAAAACAGCUGCCCCAAAUCUUCUUCCGGGCCAUGCGGGGGGUCAGCUGUCUUGUGGAUGCUUUUCUAGGAGUUGCAGUCUUUAAGAACAUGGGGUUGGAAAGAUUACUCAGAUAUGGUAUCUCUCGCCCCAGGGCUGACAGUGCUCCACCCACUCCUGUGAAUCGGCUAAGCAUGCCACAGAACACCGCAAUGAAUACCACGCCUCCACACAGCCGGAGACAUCGAGCCGUCACUGUCAACAAAACCACCAUGAAAGCAAGCGCAAACACGACGCACAGCACAAAGGUUCAACAGCAGCCGUCUUCCACAUCCCCACUGUCCAGCCCAAACCAAACAAACUCUGAGCCACGUCCAUUGCCGGCUCCAACAAGGCCCAAAGUCAACAGUAUCUUGAACCUGUUUGGCUCCUGGUUGUUUGAUGCUGCCCUGGUUCAAUGCAAGCUGCAGAAUGGGGUCAAUCGAGACAGUAGUAUGACAGCAUCUUUUAUCCAAAUUCUCCUUUCUUAUAAAUCUUCAAUAGCUACACAGGCCACGGUCGAGCUUCGCCGUAAAGGUUCCCAGCUGUCCACAGACACCAUGGGAUCAAGCACCAUUUAUGAUGCCAAUGAAAUCCCAGAGAAUUACGAGGCUGGACGGGCUGAAGCCUGCGGUACCUUAUGUAGGAUUUUCUGCAGCAAGAAGACAGGCGAAGAAAUAUUGUCUGCUUAUCUUUCCAGGUUUUACAUGGUCCUGGUGCAAGGAUUACAGAUAGGGGAAUUUAUCUGUCACCCAGUACUUGCCAGCAUUAUCCUCAACUCGGCUCCUCUCUUCUGCUGUGAUCUUAAAGGGAUGAAUGUGGUGGUUCCUUAUUUUAUUUCUGCACUAGAAAUUAUUCUGCCAGACAGAGAGCUGUCAAAAUUUAAAAGCUAUGUAAACCCCACAGAACUAAGGAGAUCUAGUAUUCACAUCCUACUGUCCCUGCUGCCUUUGCCGCACCAUUUUGGGACUGUGAAAUCGGAGGUUUUGUUAGAAGGUAAAUUUAGUAAUGACGACUCCGGCAGUGACAAGCCUGUUACCUUCCUGUCGCUAAAGCUCAGGCUGGUCAAUAUCCUCAUAGGAGCCCUGCAAACCGAGACAGAUCCCAACAACACACAGAUGAUUUUGGGUGCAAUGCUGAACAUUGUUCAAGAUAGUGCAUUUUUAGAAGCCACUGGAAAUCAGGUGGAGAUGAUUGAAAAUAAUCAGAUGAAAAGCCACAGCAGAACAAACAGCGGCAUCAGCACAGCCAGCGGAGGCAGCACUGAGCCCACUACACCAGACAGUGAGAGGCCAGCACAAGCGCUCAUGCGGGACUACGGAUAUCCAGCUCUUCAUACAGAUACAGCUGCCGGUCUACUCAUGCGCAGCAUCCACCUGGUCACCCAAAGACUCAACGCACAAUGGAGGCCAGACAUGAGCAUCUCAUUGGCUGCCCUGGAGCUGCUGUCUGGACUCGCCAAGGUGAAGGUGAACAUCGACUCUGCAGACAGGAAGAGGGCAGUGAGCUCAAUAUGUUUGUAUAUAGUGUAUCAGUGCUCGCGGCCAGCUCCACAUCACUCGCGGGAUCUCCACUCAAUGAUUGUGGCUGCUUUUCAGUGCCUGUCCGUCUGGCUUACCGAGCACCCCGACAUGUUAAAUGAAAAGGAUUGUCUGAAAGAGGUUCUGGAAAUUGUGGAGCUGGGAAUAUCCGGCAGCAAGUCCAGAAAUCCCGAGCAGCUAGAGGUGCGAUACAAAGGGGACAAGGAGCACAAUCCAGCCUCUAUGAGGGUGAAGGAUGCUGCAGAAGCCACCUUAACAUGUAUUAUGCAGCUACUUGGUGCAUUUCCACCUCCCAGUGGUCCAGCUUCUCCCUGCAGUCUGGUUAAUGAGACAACGCUGAUCACUUACUCCCGUCUGCCCACUGUCAGCAAGUACAGUUUCCGCUACUUUGUGUUGGAUAACAGUGUAAUCCUGGCUAUGUUGGAGCAACCACUGGGGAACGAGCAGAGUAAUCCAAGUCCAUCCAUCACUGUAUUAAUCCGAGGCAUGUCUGGCCGCCAUGCAUGGUCUAUGCAACUUUGCCACCUUCCACGAGCAGCAAGAGCCAAUCAGAGAAUGUUCAUUCCUGAAGCAAGGCCAGAGCCUAAGAAUGACGUGGGGAUAAGGUACAAUGUAAAGCACCGACCGUUUCCGGAAGAAGUGGAUAAGAUUCCUUUCGUUAAGGCUGAUCUUAGCAUUCCUGACCUGCAUGAAAUUGUUACAGAGGAGUUGGAGCUCAGGCACGACAAGUUGAAGAAUGGAAUGACCAAACAGAUAGCGUAUGAGACCGCGCUAGACCUCAAGAAAGAGGAAGAGUUUAAGAAGAAGAGCUAUCCUGACCCAAUAACAGAAUGCAAGCCUCCCACCCCAGCACAGGAGUUCCAGACUGCCCGGCUGCUCUUAUCACACUUUGGCUUUUUGUCUCUUGAAGCACUAAAAGAACCUGUAAACAGUCGUCUACCUCCUCACCUUAUUGCCCUUGACUCGCACAUGCCUGGCUUCUUUGAUGAUAUUGGAUACUUGGAUUUACUUCCAUGUCGUCCAUUCGAUACAGUUUUCAUUUUCUAUAUGAAGGCCGGCCAGAAAACAAGCCAAGAGAUCUUGAAGAAUGUUGAGUCAUCUAGUAAUGUGCAGCCUCACUUCCUGGAGUUCCUGCUAUCUCUUGGCUGGCCUGUGGAUGUUGGGAAGCACCCAGGGUGGACAGGCCAUGUGUCUACAAGCUGGUCAAUUAACUGCAUCAGUGAGAAUGACCAACAAGAUCAAGAUGAAACUACUAAUGCAGAAGACUCGGGUGGAAGCAUAUUUAACGGACAGAAGAAAGUCCUGUAUUAUGCAGAUGCACUUACUGAGAUUGCUUUUGUGGUACCAUCUGUGACUGAGGCUCUCUCGGAGUCCUCAGAAAAUAAUGCAUCUGAACAAGAAUCCGAUUCCAAUAUGGACCUUCUACAUGGAAUAUUAAAGCAACCGUUGACUUUGGAACUUUUCCCGAAUCACACAGAAGGCUUAAACUCCACACAAAGGCUUAGCCCAACAUCACGUGCUAAGAAGCUUCCACAUGGAAGAACUGUCCCACCAUUGGGACCAGAGACUAAAGUGGCUGUCGUGUGGCUGGAGCAAUAUGAUGAUUUGGAAAACUUUCCACUGGCAGACCUGGCAGCAGAGACCAACACUGGUAUUGAGACCACAACCAACAGCAGUACUUCGAUCAGCAACCGCAUGCCUGAGAAGGAGGUGACUGUAAUAUUCAUUCACCCUCUAUACACUGGCUUGUUCCGGGUAAAAGUCCACGGGGCUUCUGGGAAAUUCAACAUGGUGAUCCCUUUGGUGGAUGGAAUGGUGGUCAGCAGGAGAGCACUUGGCUUUUUAGUGAGGCAAACAGUCAUCAACAUCUGUAGGAGAAAGCGGCUGGAAAGCGACUCCAACACACCACACGUGCGCCGGAAGCAGAAGAUCACCGACAUAGUAAACAAGUAUAGGAACAGGCAGCUGGAGCCUGAGUUCUACACCUCCCUCUUCCAGGAUGUGGGUCUGAAGAGUUGCACUCCUUAAACCAAAGUCCCUAUUUCAGGGGCCCGCCGGCAAGUGACUUUGUCAAAGGGACCGCUCUGGCAAGGCCUGGAAACCAAAAAUACGAGCUUCAUGCACUGAAUGUGUGGAUGUAAGGAGGCUCUGCGACCUGCCACUUAGUGUCCAGCUCGAGGGAUCCCAUUCAAGGCUUGUGCUAGCAGAGGACUUUAUCACUGAUCACUCUGUAGACUGUCAAGCUGCACGUGGAUCUUUAGGAUCGGUCCACACACCACUGCUAGAGCACCAACACUGGAGGGCAAAGGAAGGCUUGACUGAGCAGCGCCAUGGACUCAUGCCAGCGCUUUAGCCAUAUCAGUUUAGUCAUCCCACUCCACGUAACAGACCUGAAAACCACCUCCAUGAGUUGAAGUGACUCAUGUUUUAUAAGAAAGGGUGAUUUAAGGCUAUUGUCACCUUUGUAUCUUGUGUCGCCUUAACACUGACACAGUCCUGUCAGUAAGGAGACCUUAUAGCGAGGUUUUGAAAACCUAAACAUCACUAGAUGUAUGCAAUGUUUUAUUUUAUAGUAUUUUUCAGGCUUAUUUAAUAAAUCACUGAGGUGCACUAACCGGUGGCAUCCAAUCAUAAUUUUGCACCCUAGGCAGGGCAUUCAAAGUUGAUUCCUGAUUUGUUGACAUGGGUUUUACCACAGCUCUUUACAGGUCCUGAUAGGUCAGAAUGAGAGUGAAACUUCAUUGGUUAGACUGAGAAAACAACUUGAUUAGGUAUUGGACCUUUAAAAUAAAAAUCAAAAAAUUCAGUCAGUGGCUGCAUCUAUAAAACCAAAUCUUAUUAAAGAAGCCUUUUUUAUUUUGUGCUGGAGCACCAUAUUCUAUCCAG